UUUUGACAGCCACCCUGCUUCCACUGAGACUAUUUCUGAGACUUUGGCCAAUGGAUUUACUGAAGGGCCAGGUGCAUCUCUCAGGUCUACGGGACAUGUGAGAAACAUGAGUGGUACAGUUCGCCAGAUUAGUCUAAGUAAUGAUCCAUACACCCCGUACUUCCUGCGAGUGGACUGGGCCAUAGACCUGGGUGCUGGUUUCACAUUAGCUCUCACUGAUGGCAGCUCAGCAUGGAUUGGAGAAGUUUCAGAGGAUGAUAUGACAAGGGAAGCCAAUGACAUAGGAGUCCCAAGGGAGAGAUAUGUUGAGGAUCUUCUUCAGGCACUAACGAUAAGUGAAGAAGGAAGAAGGGGACACAAGGAGAUCUAUUUUUUCAGCCUCUCUCCUGAUCACCGUCAUCUCUUGUAUGAGAAGACUUGUAAUGAUUUUUUGGUGCACUUGGGCUCCGUGGAGCUACAGCCAUCUCCAGACCCUCUAGAACUGACCCGUGAAAUGAUUGGACAGUCCUUAAAGCAUAGCACAGAUCUGGAGACAGAAAACUCAAAAUUGUUGGAGGAAAACCGUAAACUGAAGCAAGAUCACCAGCGAAUACUCGGAGAGCUCCAGCAGCAGGUUCAGAAAAAGGAGGUGUUAGAGAGGGAACUGUACUCACGUUUUGUCAUGGUGCUGAACGAGAAAAAGGCAAAGAUCAGAGGCCUGCAGGAGGCUGUCUGCCAGCUUCAAAACACAGACAACCAGCAGAGAGAUGAGGAGGGUGGACAAAGUGACAAUCUCACAGCUCAAGGUGAAGACAGUCAGGACAGAGGAGAGGAGACAAGUCAGAGCAUCCAGCCCUCUCUGGAGCCAACUAUCCUCAUUACAGGCCGUAAUCUGCUCUGGCAAGGCAUCCCCGUUGACCGGACCUUUUCUGAUGAUGAUGAUGAAGACGAACAACCGAAACGGAAGCGAAGGUUGCUUCACAGCUCGAGCCCAGAAUCGUCUGAACUACUUUAAAUUGCAGCCUCCUAUUUAAAUAAUAGAGGUGUCCAGGACCAAUUGCUAACAUAAUGAAGAGGUUUCCUCAAUCACUAUCUUCCUGUGUGGCAAGCUAGGUUUGGGCAUUCAAGUCUCACAGCGAUACACACAGCCAAGACAGUGACAACCGGGCAACAGUGUCCUGGAGUGUCGAGAUUUGAUGCCAGAGUUUCUCCCAACUUGUGAAAGUGAAUUUAGAAAGCCAGCACGCUCACUGCAUCUGGAUCGCUUUAACUGUGACAAUUACCUACCACAUCUCCUAAGAGACUAGCUGCUUGCCUCUCGCUUUACAGUAAAGAAGUGAAAAGCAGUUACUGAUAUAAUCAUUUCCCAAAUUCUGUGCUGCUGUAAAGACUUUUGCGCAGAUGCAUCAGUGGUCAUGCGAUAACAGCCACUUAACACCGUCUGGGGCUUUCUCAGGAACUAAUAGUGUUUCUGCUAAUAAGCUGAAGAACUUGAAUCUGGUGCAUGACUAUGGAAGUAAUUUACAAAGAGUCUGACUUUACCCUGAGCUUGAAUUUGACUGCUGUAAUCCAACCUUGGCUCAGUGUGAUACUGAAGAAAGAGGGGGACAACAUGCUACACCCAGAAAAACAGGGUGUCACCACCAUGGAUCUGAAACUGCUCUGUUGCUGCUUACUCAUCGCGUCUUGUUGAUGCUUUCCUCCCUCUUUCUAUUAUGAAAACAAACUCUACAGCAUCUCUUUCAUUUCCACUUCCUAAACUAGCAUUUUACAAAAGAUAAUUUGACCUCUGUCUAUUUUCUCAUUUUCACGUGUCCGUUUAUUGUGUAGAUGUCAUGUGGCCCAAAUUACCUGAGGGUUGUUUUCCAGACGGUUAAUAAGGUUAUGUUGUCUCUAACCAUCUUCACUUGCUCGCCUUUUCCUUUACAUCUGCUUUGAGCUUUAGGUCCUUAGGUCAUCGCAGUGUGUUUUCACAGAGACAGUAAUGACCGUUUGGAUUAUUUGACCCUUUUACCUUUGAAUUCUGGACCUUCUUGCUGUCAUUUUGAUGAUACCUUUAUGUCUGUUUAAAACCACGGGUGGCCGCCAGGAUUAUCCCACUAUGUUCUUCAUGGUUUAGUAAUCCCCACUGGAAUGUCACACUGUCUGUUUACAUCUCAUCAAUAACGUAUUCUGAAAGCAAAACAAAGAAGAGUAUCAAAGGUUAAUUUACAGAUGAAUGCAUGACAACAUGUUAUGGACAAUGAGAUUAAGCGGGAAAAGAGACAGCGCUGAAUAUUUAAGGGAUUUCCCUUAGAUUAUAAUGCUUAGUUGUUUGAUUUAAAAUGCUCUAAGGCAAGAUCUCUUUCUUCUUUUUUUGAAUGAAAGGUGAUGAUUCAUUUUGAAAGUUUUAAAUCAACUUGUAAAUGGCCACAUUUAAUGUCUAAUUGUGUAUUUUUUAUUUGAUUAAAAUAUUUUUCUGUAAAUGUAAACACAUAAAGGAGAUUUUGUUCCCAAAUGUACAAAAUGUAUUUAAUGUAAAAUGUAUAUGCAAAUGUCAGCCAUGAAUAAACAUUUAGCAUUGCA